AGCGAAUGAAUAAGUUAGUUGAAGGUAAGCGUAUAGAUACUCAACCAAUUAACCAUUUUAUUAAAAGGUUAUAUGGUAUUACUUUAACACAGGACAAUAUUAUUAAAGAAACCUCUUCACAGUUGGUAUUUGAAGCGGGUCAGGUGACAUAUUGGAAUUCGCGAAUUAUAGAGUAUCAGACAUUACCAUUUAAGCAACCAAUUGAUAUGAAGUGA